AUGCCCGCCUCGACCGGCAAUAGUCCCAACGGCAACAGCCUCAGCUCCAGCAAUUUUUAUUCCUCAAACACAACCACUGCCUCCGUCCGCCCAACCACAAUCGCCUCUGUCGCCGCCUCCACCGCUGCCUCCCUCGUCAACGGUAUCCGAGGUGGGGCAGGAGCAAACAGAGGAGACAAGCAUCAUGAUGGCCACCACCAUAACAACCACAUCCACCACGACGGCUCCUCAAGGCACCACCACUCCCUUAGCAACAGCAGCACCCAGAGCGAUCAAAUCCCCUCUGCCCUCGUCGACAAGCACUUUGUCUACUACCCUUCCUCGUCUUCAGCUUCCUCCCGUAUCCGCUCACUCCGGAAACGACUUCUCAACAGACGAGUGAUCGGCUUUGGUCUGAUCCUCGCCCUCGUCGCCCUGUUCUCGCUCAUCUACCUCCAACCCUCCAUCCCUUCCUGGCAGUCUCGCCGCCACCAGUCUGAGCCCGCCCACCGACAACCCAACAACCACGACAGGUACAAAUACGACUUUGAUUAUCCUCUCGACAAGUCAAAGCAACAGGCCCAGGACCUGGAGCGUCAGCGGGUCCUAGAGCAAGAACAGAACAACGACCGUGCCUGGAGAGACCAGAACAAAGAUGAUGACAACGGCAGCAACGGUAACAGCGAGAAUGGCUCCGACAACAACAACUCACCCUCCGACAACAAGAAGAAAGACCAGGAGGGACAUGGUGGUCUUACCGGCUCAAAUCCCGACUCAAUUGAUCGCACAGACGACAGCUACUCGCCUGGUUCCAAGACGGGCCCCAAGACGAUUGACCCUGAAUCGAUUGUGCUGUACCGUAUCCUGGGCAAUGAUCUGCCACCUCGUCAUCGCCCCGGUCAGACUCUCUCCAACGUCCGCUUCAUCCUCGAGCACGAGCCCGAGUUCAACAACACCCGCAAAAUCUGGGUCCUCAAUCGGAUUGUCGACCCCCAGGCAGAGUCCUCCAUCAUCCAAUUGCUCAAGCACCAUCGCCAAGAGUACUUCCUCGUGCCCUUUGUCGAGUCAGAGUAUCUCAAGCAGGACUUCAAGCUCGAGGAUUUCCCAGAGCCGGACUUUUUCUCCUCCGACGACUACUCGACUUUCUCCAAGGUCGCCAAGCUCAGAGUUCUGGACUACACCUACCACGACAAGAACAGAUAUGCCAUGAACAACAACGGUGGUCGUAAUAUCGCCAUUCAACACGGGAAGACAAACGUGGACGCCCGCUGGAUCUUUGCAUUUGACGGAAACUCAUUCUUGACCAAGAAUGCCAUGGAGGAGAUUAAGCACUCGAUCCGGAAACAUGGCGAGGUGCUCAAGUACUUUGUGGUGCCCAUGGCUCGUCUGGUCGACAACUCGCAGCUGUUGAAAGGAGUCGAUACCCGGCCCAACUCCAAGGAGGAGCCCCAGAUCAUUUUCAGGAACGACGCCGAGGAUGUUUACAAUCCUGACAUGCGAUAUGGUCGUCGAUCCAAGCUGGAGCUGCUGUGGAGAUUGGGCGCACUGGAACGAGCAAAGCUUAGCAAGCCCUCGGUCUCCUGGGAACCCAGGGAGCGCGAGCCUAUUCCCGACAAGGCUGACUUCAAGACCGUCGGAUGGGUCUUCCGCCUCUUCUCAGGAAAGCGCUCUCAGGAGGAGAACACUCGCCAGUCGGCUGCCAUCCGUGCCUACAACCGUCUGCUGGCUAUUCAGGACUUGAUUGAUGGUAUUGACGAGAGGAUCGCGCGCAAGACCUUCCGAUCGAAUGACCUUCUUGUCUACAAGGACGAUAUCUUGAUGGCGAACCGUCAAAAGUACUGGGUUGGCGAGUCUGGAGUGACGCGCAUGGUCCAGGAGCUCCAGUCCAAGGCAGAUGGUGUUCUCUCCACCCGUCUCAACCUCCUCAAGAAGGCGUCCGCUGAGGAUCUGAUCAUCUACCCAGCUGAUGGACUCGGAAAGCCUAUUAUCCCCAAGUCGGCCCCCUCUCCCACCAACGAAGACGGGUCGUCCAGGGUCAUUACUCUCCAGGGCCUUUACGACGAGGUCACGACGCUCACUUUGGCCCACUAUUUUACAGGAAACGAGACUUUUGCGCGCGCGGCGGCCAACAUUGUUCGCACGACCUUGCUUCAGGAGCACGACCAAGACGUCCCCAUCCACCCCACGACCGAGGAGACUGGAUACUUGCUGGAUCACGGCUACUCCUUCCCCGCCUUGAACCGCCUCCCCCGUGUCAUCCCCAAGAAGGAGGGCAUCCUGUCGUCUCGCCCACUGUUAGCGAUUCCAAAGGAUCUGUUGAAGGCCGACACCAUGCCUGCUUUCCUGGACUCUGUUCGCAUGCUCCACCGCAUCCACGUCUUGACUCAGAACGAGUACAUACAGCUGUCUCUUGUCUUUUCGACUUGGUUGGAGCACUUGGUCAACUCGCCUGAGGGAAUCAUGUACGCUAAGCAGGGAGACCACCGCUCGUCAUUCAUGGAUCUUCAUGUUGCGGCAUUGGCGGCGAUCACGGAUGAUGUCCGUCUGUUCCUCCGCGUUGUCAACCGCUGCCGUAUGCGCGUUGGGCGUCAGUUUAUGGUUGUCCAGGAUGGAAAGAUCAAAAUGCCCUUUGAGAACGCCUAUGCGACCCGUCAAUCGAUGGCUGGGCUUUUGCAGCCCGGUGGCGCGGCGUCGGAUGUCUCUGGUCAGGAGUUGGCGGGCAUGUACAUUGACGAGGAGAAUGAUGACCUGGACUUGAGCUUGGACCAGUCGAUUUCGCGCCCUCGCGAUCUUGGUGCGAUGUUGAAGGAUUCGGUGAUGAGCAGCAAGGAUGCCACGCCCAACUAUGACAACAACCAAGUCGAUCCUCUAGCGGAGGAGGAGGACGAGUACGAGCGCAAGAAGCCCUCGCCCGGAAUGGAGCAGAUGGAGGAUCUUGCCGACUCCAAACCACAACAGCAACAACCCAUGUUGGCUUCUUCAACUCCACCCAUGGUCCCCGACGGUACUGGCGAACCUCUUUACACGGUCGGAGAGUUGACGGAGAAAUACUCGGCGUUGAACCUUCAGUAUUGGACUCUUUUGACCCGCAUGGUCGACAACUCUGGCAUUUCGUCGGCUCCGGAUCUGUGGAGACAUCGGUCCAAGCGCGGAUACCGCCUGGGCGACAUUGUUCGCAACUAUGUCCGUCAGGAUCACUACCGGUCCCCGAGCCUGCGCAAGGUGACCAUGGACGCCUUGCUGUACACCGCGCGCACAAACUAUGACCACGUGCCACCACGCGCCCUUUUGGUCCAAGAGGGCGAUAAGACCGCCACUGGCACAUCUGCUGGUGGUGGUGCAGUCAAGGACGACCGCCGGAAAGGAGGCCGUCAAACUCCAGCAACUUCUGCCCGCGGCGGCAGGCCCUACAACCCAUCAAACGAAGGAGUUCUCGAGUGGGGCGAGUUGGGCUUGGAGGCCAGUGUCUUUGAGGCCCUUGCCAAGGACGAGCAAGAUCUUCAGGACUCGCUUGGAGGCUCGCUUCCUGGCACUGGUGUCCCACCCUUCUGGAUGUUGGGUGUCGUAGAGUAA